ACCUGCACCUCUUCCUGCUUUCUCAAAGAAGUAGAGAGAGCGACAUGGGCGACUCCUUGCUUGCGGAGUGCAAGCCCGGGUUGGCCAUGGUGGUGUCGCAGUGCAUCUACGCUGCCAUGGCACUCUCAGCCAAGGCAGCGUUCGCCCGAGGCAUGAGCCCCAUGGUCUUUUCUGUUUACAGGCAGGCCACCGCUGCUCUUGUCUUGGCUCCCCUAAACAUUACUGCAAGAAGGGGGAAGAAAAAUCUGAUUGGCUUGGGAUUGACAGCCUUCUUCUUGGUCUUUGUUUCUUCGCUUGUUGGUGCCACCAUCAACCAGUACUUCUACUACACAGGGCUGAGCUUGUCAUCGUCGUCCAUGGCGAUGGCCAUGAGCAACCUAACCCCAGCAAUCACAUUUGUCAUUGCAGCCUCUGUUGGCUUAGAAAAAGUUGAAGUCAGGAGCAUGAGGAGCAUGGCUAAAGUGUUUGGGACAGUCACAUGUGUUGGAGGAGCCGUUUCAAUGGCGUUUUUCAAAGGUCCCAGGCUUUUAAAUAUGGAGAUGGAGUUCCAUAAAUUAGCCACGCUGUUUCACUCAGCAAGCAAAAACUGGAUCGUAGGAUCACUUCUCCUGAUGGGAAGCAGCUGCUGCUGGUCCCUGUGGCUUGUUUUGCAGGUGCCAAUUUGCAGAACUUAUCUGGAUCCCUUAUCAUUAUCAAUAUGGAUGUGUGUGUUCUCCACCUUCCUAUCUGCUGCUCUGACAUUCUUUUUAGAACCCGACAUAAGUGUAUGGAAGAUUCACUCAACACUGGAGCUAUCAUCGUGUUUGUUUGCGGGAGUUUUUGGAUCUGGGGUCACCUUUUACCUACAAUCUUGGACCAUAUCACUGAAGGGGCCGCUCUAUUCUGCAAUGUUCAACCCCCUCGGUACUGUCAUCACUACAAUCUCAGCUUGUUUGGUGCUUCAUGAACAGCUCCAUAUUGGAAGUUUGGUGGCUGCUGUUGCUGUUGUGGGAGGGCUAUACAUUGUUUUGUGGGGUAAAGCCAAGGACAUCGACCCCAAGAGCAGCUGCAGCAACUCACAACUGCCAUGUGUUUCUGAGAGGAUGACAGUAGUAGUAGAUCCAGGACUGCGUGACAGUGUGUAUGAUCUGCAGAAACCACUGUUAGGUGAAAGCUUAGGGACUCAGGACAACCAGAUGGAGAAUUGAAAUCCCAGACAAGAAUCACCAUCUUUUGUGAUGAUAGAGACUCAAUCGCAUCUGAAGGGAAAUGCUAGCCGACUAAUAAAUGCCGGGAGUAUUCGGAUCUGGAGUCACCUUUGAUUUGCGGUCAUGGUGCCUAGCAGUGAGUGGGCCUCUUUUUUCUGCAUUGGUCAAUCCACUUUCCACAGUACUUCAAUCUUGGCCUUUAUGUUCUCCGUGAACAACUCCAUCUUGCACGGCAUAUAUGUUUAAGCUUAAUCUGGCUGAUA